GGCUCGGCCGGUACGGUUGCUGGCAGGCGCCAACAAAACAACUUCCUGCAGCCUCUGCCGCUAACACUCUCACUGAUUGCUAGCUAGUGGCAGCAGCAGCGCUAAUCUUAUAAGCAAUGGAGGCAGCUAGCAUGUACUCACUCAGAAGCAGGGGGAGCUGGCCAUUAAUAUCAACUUGCGCAAGGUCUGCUUUGACAAAUGCACGGCGACCGCAGUCAGCAAACAUGCGGCAUUGGAAGCUGCCAACCUGUAACAGAUUUCCAGAGCGACAUUCGUCCUUUUUUCACCACCAAGACGUCCUCAGAGGUACAAACCAGCUUCACGACUGGUGUGACUUGGCACAAGAGCAAAGCAAGUUGCCUGCUUCUCAUUUUCUAGGCACCUCUUUCGCUUGGGGCGCUAGACAGUCAAGGAGAGUUGCCUGCAGCAUUGCAAAGUGGCAUAUGGAUGCUUCAGCAGCAUUUCCUGCGUUCGUCCAGUUGAACUGCGGGACCUGGAGUGGCACGUUUUAUCAAUUCAAUGCAUUCGGCAAGGUCCUGGAGAGCAUCCAAACGACCAUGGAAGUCACGUCCAGCGGAACAGCGGAUGACCUGAUGAUGCAACAGAGGUUGAAGGUUCAGGAUCAAGCUGUGGGAGCUGCCAGCGCGUCAGAUUCUGAGUCGGUCUUUGAUUUGCACAGCAGCCGCACUUCGCUAGGUGACUCUCAGCAGCUGAGUUACUUUCCUGGUGAUGGCGCCUUCUCGCUGUCACACCAAACUGCAGAAGCACUGGACGCACUCUUAAGGAAAGGGCUGUCCAAGAAAAAGGACGGAGAAGACAUUGACAGGACUGUUCGCUAUCCUUCGGAGCGCCCCGCUCUGGUGAGCGAAUGUUGCCUCCAUUCGGACAGCGGCGACCGACGCGUGCGCGCCAUACACGUGUUGGACACGCGCGGCCUGCUGGACCAGAUUGGCGUGUUCGUCGAGAGCAAGACGGAAGGUGAAGAGCUGGAAACGCAAGACGACCCGGGAAGUCGGAUUGACGCGUUGCUAGGAAAGUGGAAGGGCCGCGCCUCGAGUCGGCGGACGGCGCUGUACGGGGGCACUGUCACAGAGUACGAUUCGUCCAUCACUUAUACGAAAGGACCGGAGGGCACUUUAGAACAGGUGCUCAAGAUGGGUCCCAGCGGUUUUGAGUUGAAGUCCACGGCGUCUCUAGACGGGUCCGUCAUCCUGUACCCUGGCGGCCUGCAAACCACGCUACUACCCGGGGGCAUCGCUGUUACGUGUCCGCUCAACGUGAAGCCCGGGCAAUCGUUCUACUUCGAAAUGUCCUGGAUAGUUAACCCGGGCCACCGUUCGAGAUUGAUCAGGACCUACGACCUUGACGGACUGGUGGUUUCCACGACCUUGAUAAAGGAGGUGAAGAGUUGAGCUGAGCCCCUCGCCGUUCAGGACCGUUGCAACUCAAUCAUGACAAGUUGGCACUCUGCA